AUGGUGUGGAUGGGACGGGCCAGUCUGCUGGCCUGUGGCAUCUGCCAGGCCUCGGGCCAAAUCUUCAUCCCCCACGUCCAAGGGGUCCAGGGAUAUUCGAGUGUCCUGGGCCUAGAGAACGCCCCCGAGGAUGCCCAGGAAUACCGCUGGUACCGGGGCACACAGGACAGCGCAGAAAGCAUGAUUCUCAGCUACAAACCUCCCAGUCCCCUGGAGCCUGGGCCCGUGUACAGCGGCCGGGAGAGAGUGACCAGAACCGGCGACUUGGUGGUCAGGAACUGCAUGCUAAACGACACAGGAAACUACACGGUCCGGGUGGACACAGGCAACGACACCCACACGGCAACUGGCUGGCUCGAGAUCCGAGUGCUGGGGAGCAACCCGGGCAUCUCAGUCAACGCCACCUCCCUGGUGGAGAGCAUGGAUUCCGUGGCCGCCUACUGCCACACCAAUGUCACCAGUGUCACCUGGUACUUGAAUGCUGUGCCGACAUCCAGCAGUAACCGGAUAAGCAUUUCCCCCGACGGAAAGACCCUCGUCAUCCUCAGGGUCAGCCGCUAUGACAGGACCCUGCAGUGCGCGGUGGAAAGUUACCCUGAGGUCGUCCAGAAAAGCAAGGAGGUCGCCCUGACUGUGGCCUAUGGGCCCGACAACGUGGAGCUGUGGGGCUCGCCCGACAUCUUCAAUGCUGCUGCGGAUUGGUCUGUGUCAGAUAGUGAUUCGAUUUCUACCUCUGUGUGA